UUUUAAGUCUGAGUUGUAUGCAGAAAAACAGUUAUGCAAAGUAUACAGAUAAUUCAAAAUCCUCUUCUCUUCUCCGUUCUUCUUCUCUUCAAAUUUUCUUCUUCUUCGUUCUCUCUACUUCUUUUCUUAGAUUUCUUUUACUUCAAUUUACGGAACGUAACAUCCCCUUCACGCUUCCACUUCGACGAAGCAAAAGGAAUCCACGGCAUUUGAACGGCCGUACAGAGGAGCGGGGAGAGGCGCGUGUGAAAGAGGCUGUACGGGGAAACCGCUUGCUGGAUCCCGAACCCUGGCACUGUUCUGGCAUGCUCCUAAAGCUUCUGGUGCUCUUGGCUGCUGAGAUUCCUUUCGGGUUUGGGCUAUUCGGGCUAGGGAUUUUGGGUUAUAGCUCUCUUGGACUAUGUAAUUGGGUUAGGUCUAUAUUAAAGGGUUUGGGUUUAAGUUAUUUUGGCCCAAAUAUUUGUAACCGGACACUGAACUUCUAAAUUUGGAUUCUUUAUUUGUGUGUUUUUUUCUUAAUUUACCUGGACUUAUUUGUUUGGCUUAUUUUAAUACUUUAAAUAUACCCGGGCAAAUUAGGUUAACUACAAUAUACACAAUAGAUUUGAAUAGAAAUAUAUAUAAAUGUAUUUAAAAGA